AUGCCAUCUCGUCUCUCUUCGAUUGUCUUCUUGACCUCAGCCAUCCUUGCGGUCGCAAAGCCACGUCCUGGAGGGUAUCCGCCCCCACCACCCACGACCACAACGUGUUACCCCUCCACUGUCACCACUACGGUCACCCAGCCUGCUAGCACAGUUACUUACACUGUGCCGGUGACCACGACCGUCGUUAAAACCACGACAGUUCUCGUGCCACCAGUCACGUAUACUAGCACCGUUACCGACCAUGAGACGACGACCUACACUCAGACGGUGACGCAGACGGUUACACAGACCGCGCCGCCGGUGACGGUAACGGCCACGACGACUGCGAUUUCCACUGUCACGUAUACGGCGCCUGGCGGUACAGUUACCAGUACGGUCACUAUCCCGUACACGAAGACUGUCACCGUUCCAGGAGGCACACAGACGUAUACCGUCACUCAGCCCGUUACGACUACGUAUACUGAGGACAUCACUACCACCGUUCCAUAUGGCACCACGACUGUCACUGUUACUGGUCCCGGCUCGACCACCACUGCUGGUAGUGGACCGUCUAAUCAAUGCAACACUGGCUCUCUUCAAUGCUGCAACUCGACCCACAAGGCCACAGAUAGCGCUGUCAGCGGACUUCUAGGUUUACUUGGUGUAGUCGUCGGCUCAGUCACCGGUCUUGUGGGCCUUACCUGUUCGCCGCUCAACGUCCUCGGUAUCAGUGGCAACUCGUGCAGUGCCCAACCCGUCUGCUGUACUAACAACACCUUCAAUGGAAUCAUCUCGCUCGGAUGCACGCCCAUCAACCUUAACCUGUAA